UAAUAGAAAACACAAGGAGCCAACCUCUGUCCCUCCCCUCAGUAGACCUCAGAAAAGAGGCGGAGAUUGGAAAGAAGGAAACCUCUCAGAUCAAACUCAAAAGGACACAAGAGACGAUUAAGCCAACCUUGGAAGAUCGCUUCUGACUUAGAAUGGCCGGGGAAACUAUUUGCAACGUCUUGGUGACCGGAGCCAAUCGGGGCAUCGGUCUGGAACUGGUGAAACAGUUCUUAGGAUUGCCAAAUCCCCCCAAAAUCAUCUUUGCCACAUGCCGUGAUCCUCAGGAUGGGAGAGCACAGGAGCUGAAAAAGCUGGCUUGCAAACAUCCCAACCUAGUGAUACUGAAACUUGAACUCACCAAUGAAGAGACCAUCAAGGCCGCUGCAAAGGAAGUUGAGGCCCGCUUGGCUGGAAAGGGGCUCAACCUUUUGAUGAACAAUGCUGGCAUCAUGCCCCCAAGCACUCUGGAGUCAAUGACAAAAGAAGACAUGCUGAGUGUGUACAACACCGACCUUGUUGGGCCAAUGCUGGUGACCAAGGCAUUCCUGCCCUUGGUGAAGGCAGCUGCCAAACAGAGCAAGGAGAAAGGAUUCAGCUGCUGUAAGGCAGCUAUUAUUAACACGUCGACGAUUGGCAGCUCUAUGGGGAACCCACCCAGCAUGAACACCUUUCCUGUCAUAUCUUACCGCUGUGCGAAGGCUGCGUUGAACAUGCUUACACGGUGCCAGGCAUUAGAAUACAAGGAGGACGGAAUCCUGUGUGCAGCAAUCCACCCCGGCUGGGUGAAAACAGAUAUGGGAACGGAAAAGGCGGAGCUGACCGUGGAAGAAAGUGCUCGUGGGAUCCUCAAAACACUCUCCAAGCUCUCUGAAGAACACAGUGGGCGAUUUCUGAAUUGGAAGGGAGAUUUUGUUGCUUGGUAAAAAGAAACCGAGGGGAAGCCCAGCAGAGGAACCCACCAGCAGGUGUGCCAAAUGCAGAAAACACAGUUUGAAAGAACAACAGUUGAAUUUCCCUUUUGCUUGCUGUAUGUUUAGAGAAUCUAGGACAAAUCCCCACUUCUCCCCAAGAUCUCCUGUCAUCCUCAAAUAAAAAACCACUGGGGAAGCAUAA